GUCAAUCUGGGUCGUUUGGGACCGAAUGUAGGGGGAAAUGUUCUACAACCUGUAAAAAUGGUGUCUGUAGUUAUACAAAUGGCUAUUGUAUUGGUGGAUGCGAGGCUGGCUAUCAAGGCUCAAUGUGUGAAAGCCCAUGUCGUUCUGGAUCGUUUGGGGCACAAUGUAGGAAGACAUGUUCUACCACUUGCAAAAAUGGUGCCUGUACUCAUACAAAUGGUUAUUGUAUUGGUGGAUGCGAGGCUGGUUAUCAAGGAGAUAUGUGUGAAAGAAAAUGUCGAGCUGGAAAGUUUGGUAUACGAUGUCAGGAGAACUGCCCAUUAAAUUGUAAGAAUGGUAUUUGCUAUCAUGACAACGGGGAUUGUAGUAAAGGGUGUAAUCCGGGCUAUCGAGGAAAUAAGUGUACAGAAAGAUGUCAAAGCGGUUACUAUGGUGAUAAAUGCGCCAAUCAAUGCCAUACUAAUUGUAAAGAGGGGGACACAAUAUGUAGACAUACAGAUGGAGAAUGUUUGAAUGGUUGCCAGACAGGGUGGAAUGGUAAAAGAUGUGAUUCAAAAUGUAUGCUCGGAAAGUUUGGUCAAGGAUGUGAAGAGAAUUGCCCUUUAAAUUGUUAUGACAAUGAAUGUGACUUUAUCAAUGGCAAUUGUGUUGAGGGUUGCAAGCCGGGUUUUCAAGGAAACAAGUGUAAAGAAAAAUGUACGAUCGGUACAUUUGGGGACAAAUGCGGCAAUAAUUGCAGUGGCAACUGUGUAGGUGGAGAUAUAAUGUGCAGAAAUAUUGAUGGACAUUGUUUGAACGGUUGCAAGACAGGGUGGAAUGGAACAAACUGUUUCUCAGAAUGUGACAUUGGGUCUUACGGUAAAAACUGCUCAUCAGUGUGUGGUAACUGCCAGCUUGGAAACAAUUGUGACCACGUGACUGGUACUUGUCAUGAAGGAUGCAAAACGGGUUACAGCGGCGCCACCUGUUUACAAGCAGUGCAAUCGUCAAAUAGUUCGGGUGUGAUUGUGGGAGUAGUAGCGGUGUUUGCCAUCAUAAUCAUGAUUUUGAUAAUUGCUUUUAUUUUGUAUAAGCGACACAGUCAGAAUAAAAGGAAAGAUGAACAAAGUGUUGACGUGGAGCUCAGAGAUGCUGUUACCACAGCUAAUUCCCGAAGUCAAGGACUUAGAUCUUACAAAGGAAGUAGGCAUGCAAAGACAGGUGACAGUGCAAAUACGGCGGCAGGUGAUGAGAACAUUUACAAAAACUUCCCGAUGAAUAGUCCCUUCAGAAAUGCCAUUCCACUGUCAAACCUUCUUCCAUACGUCAAAGAAAAUCUGGCAAACCAUGACAGCUUUCCCAAAGAAUUUCAGGAAAUACCUUAUGGAAUGAAAAAAGCAUCUAAUGUUGCCAAAAAAUCAUAUAACCGUGAAAAGAACAGAUAUAAAGACAUGCAUGCAUAUGAUGAAACACGUGUUAUGCUGAAAACACUACCAAAGGAACGAGGAUCGGAUUAUAUCAACGCGAGUUUCAUCAAGGGACAUCACAAAGACCGCGCUUAUAUUGCGGCACAAGGUCCUAUUGAUGCAAGCGUUGACGAUUUUUGGAGAAUGAUCUGCGAGAAGGAAAUCUUUACGAUCGCCAUGGUGACAAACCUUGUUGAGGAAGGAAAGACAAAAUGCCAGCAGUACUGGCCGGCUGUUCAAACCAGAUUACGCUAUGGUAAGACUUCAGUUUAUACGGCGUCGGAAAUCAUCUACUCUGACUUUACAAUCCGGAACUUCAAUGUCUCGUAUGAGGGAGGACCACAACGAAAUAUUCGUCAAUUCCAUUUUACAUCAUGGCCGGACAAAAGUGUUCCGAGGACUACAUCAUGCCUGCUUCAGUUCUGGAGAAAAGUGCGGAAGACUGACGAAAACAAAUACCACACAUGGCUUGUACACUGCAGUGCUGGUGUUGGUCGAACUGGUACUUUCAUUGCCCUGGACAUUUUGUAUGACCAAGGAAAAGACAAAGGGUCUGUUGAUGUGUACCAAUGUGUAAAAGACUUACGUGACCAACGGGUGAAUAUGGUUCAAACAAAGGAUCAGUAUGUUUUUCUUCACAACUUGAUGGUCGAAGCUCUUCUUUUCUUCUCAGAACCGAUUCCAUUGGACAAAUUACACAAAGCUGUAAAAGAUCUAAAGACAGUGGAUCAGGCAACAAAGAAAUCAAAACACCUGCUUCUAUACGAGGCAUUGAAAGAAGAUAUGACUGUCCUUCGAACUGACAAAGCAGUCAAAGAAAUGAAUUCAGCAGCUUUGCUGAAAGACAAUAGAAGCAAGAAUAGGUUUAGCACAGUUCUUGCAGGAAAUGAAUUUCGGCCUAUCCUUGUAACCCACUUUUCCGGACGUACAAAUUACAUCAAUGCAGUGUUUAUGCCGAGCUACUGCCACAAAGAAGGCUAUUACGUCACACAAAAACCACUGGACAAUACUGCAAUCGACUUCUGUCGUCUACUUUAUGAAAAGAAUGUCAAGGUCAUAGUUAAAUUUCCUGACAACGAAAAAGAUCAUGUCGGAGUAGAUAUGUCAGUGGGACCAUUCAUGUUGAAGAAAAAGUCAGAAGAAGACAAAGUUUUCUACACAAAAACGGUGUUCAACAUGGCGUAUAAAUCCAAGGAUAUCAAAAUUACUCAGCUUGAGUUCAAGAAUUGGGACGCCGACCAAAUCACUCCAGAUGAUCCCGAAAACAUGCUACACUUCAUGCAUGAAGUAGAACUUCUCAACAGAAUCGCAUACGACAGUCCUGUCCUUGUUCAAUGUUUGGAUGGAUCAGAAAAGAGUGGCCUGUUCGUGACAUUGAUGAACAUAUUUGAACGUGCCAAACUUGACAACGAAGUGUCCAUUCCACAAGUUAUUAGGGAACUCAGAUAUAUUCGUCAGCAAAUAAUCCCAAACUUUGAACAGUUCCAAUUCUGUUAUGAUGCAGUCCUUCGCUACGUUGAUAGUCAUCAAAUGUACGCAAAUAUGUAAAACCAUUGAAACAAUGGUCCACGAAGACAUUGUUUAUGUAACAUUUUCUCAAAUAUACUUACGAAAUAUCGUGUUCUUUCUUAAGGAUUCUAUUUUUCUCUAUUUAUAUAAAGAUUUUUGUAAUAGAAUAUAUUUGAUGAAUCUCUACAGCCAAGGAAAUGAAAGUUUCUUUUUCAUCAAAAGUGAAAUGUGUAUAUUGUACAUUAUUAAGUGAGAUGUAUAAUAAAGAAACGCAUGAAGAGUAAUACAUGCAAAUAAAGUAUCAGAAUUCUUUAAAGAUAAGUAAUAUGGUCGAUCAAUCUGAAGCCUGUACGUAGAUACUGUAUGCAUGUGCGUAAAAGUUGUAUUAUUUGUAUAUACUUUGUCUUAUUUGUAUAUAAUUUUUCUAGAAAAUAUAUAUUAAUAUGUACUUGCAUGAACAGAGCAAUAUCUAUUCACACGACUUCAAACUGGGAUAUUUAUAUAUGUGUGGCAAAAUUGAUAGUGUGAUCAUAUGCACUACUAUUUAAAACAAAUAAUUCAAUAGUUACAUUCCAUGAUGUAUAAAUUUAUUAAUAAUAUUUGUGUAGUUUGUUCAUCUUAAUAAUGUUCCUUUUACUUUUUAAACUGAACUCUUAUAUAUACAUGUAUAUCCUAUUUACUUCUGAGCACAUAAGAACAAUAAGUACAUCGUUAUCAUUUAAAGUACACAUGUACUCGAAACAUUAAAAUGUAAUAUUUUCAUUUGUUUGUUGAGGUUUUCAUGCACUUGGUUUCAAGUAUUCAAAUUCAUUGUGCUCUUGUUAAUACAAAUAUUUACAUAUGUACUUCUAUAUUUUUAAGAGGCGCCUAAAGGUUAGAAAAAAAUACAAGUCACGAUAUUCAGGUUUAGUGCAUCAUUUAAAUGACUACAAUAAUUACACAUAUAACAUAUUAACAUUUUUUUUUUGAUCAGGCAUGAAUUGUGUAAACUUUCAUGAUAAGUUUUUACAUGUUAUAUCAAGGACAAGUUCAUUAAUUAUUUGUAUUAUACAAUUAUUUCAUAAAUAUAUAUUUUGCAUUUUCAAACUGUCAUGUUAUUAGGUGUUAUUAGGUGAAUAGUUAUAUUGUUUUAAUAUUAAACGUUUAAAACAUUUUUAAUUAUAACAUAGUUUGGAUUUUAUGCAAAUGAGAAGCAUUGUAUUUCAUAUCAUCGAAUAAUAAUUUUUUCAGCGUCAGAAUACAGUAGUGCACUUUAUUUUUGCUUUGUAUGCAAUUACUUAAAUAAAAUCUUUCAUUUAAUGUAAAUUAACGAUAUAUUUUUGACAAUACAGGAGAAAAUAGUUCUUUUUUUCUAUUAUAUGCCUAUAUUAUUCUGAAUAUAUUCUUUCAUUACUUUGUAUAUAGAAAUAUUUUUUUAAUAUGUCUCAUUUAAACUUGAAAUAAUAUUUGAAAUCUAGUCAGUGGUUUUUGAAGUUUAUAUCUUGUAUCCUAAUAAACACCAGCCACAUAUUUUGAGAAAUGAAAAAAUACCAUAUAGCGCAUCUAACAUUAAAUAAAAUUUGAGUUUAAAACAUUAAUCCAAAUUUUCCACUAAUUUUCAAAAAUAUAUAUCACAAUAAUAACUUAGCUCAACGUCCUCCAAACCCUAUGAAGUCAUAUUACACAUGUUUUGUAUUCAUUAAACUGAAAAAGGCGUUCUUAAUGUAGUGUAUUGGGCUCGAUCAGGUUUCACGAUAUUAAAAUGCUAAUUAACCAAAUAUCAUCAUCUUUGGUACAUGAACAAGAAUAGAAAUUUACCAGUUUAAAACAGAGAAAAUGUGUCUUAAAUAUAAUCAUUUCAUUACAUUUUCCAAUACACGUUUACGUCAAAUGUGUGGCUUCAGCGUUGUUACAUAUAUCUGGCUCUCCCAGCACAUUUUGUGUCGAAGAUUAAAUACCGAUAAAGCAGAUGUUUGGGAACGUGAGAGAUGAUGCACUUAACAUUAUCUAUAUAAAAAAAGAUUCAAUCAAACCUAGAACUCUGCAAUUUUGUUAUAAUUUUGAUGUUUCCGAUGCUUCCAAAGGAUUUUUAACCUUUUCCAGCUUUGAGAUUCGUGGGUGGCAUGUUUAAUCACUUAGUAAUUGUGUUGAAUAUCGAAAGGUCUAAAAGGUGUUUGUACUUUUAAAUAUUAUCUAGUUAAUUUUGCUUCAAUAUAUGUUUUUAAAUCUCAAAAUAUGUGGUUUGGGCUAUAAGUUUUCUUGAGUGUAUCAUUAUCUUCUUAUCGAUAAAAUAUUCUACUGAUUUCAUCCAUAUGUCAAUUAUAAGACAGUUAUUUAAUAAAUUUCCAAUUUCAGCUGCCAGCAAGUGUUAAAAUUGUAAAUAAUAUUUUGUCCUAUGUAAUAUGAGUGCUUAAUUGUCAGAAAGCCGGACUUAAAAUGUUAUUUAUCAAAUAUAAGCUGUAAACAUAUUGAUAUAUUCUUAUAACCCGUCACUAUUCUAUUCAUAUUACCUUUUAGAAUUAUGCUGUUUUUAAUAAUAUUUAUUUUUGUUAUUCCAAACUUCAUUAAAGAUAUACUGUGCUCAAAUUUGAUGUUUGAAAAUAUUGAUAACUUCUACACAGCCUCUUUGUAAAUAUAAAAUAAACAUGAUUCGGCUUCAUUCAAGGUAGAUAAGUUAUGAUUCAAACUCGAUAUACUAUAAGUGGUCACAAUAUGAAUAUAUAGUGUCAUUAAAAAAACUGGCAGUCUUUUUAAGAAAAGACCAACUUCACUUGACCUUUAAUAGGGAAUGCAGCUUUCAAUACAAAAUUUGAACAUGUUUUUACUCAAAUUAAAAUAAUUCAGUAACUGUGAUAAGAAAUAUUUUACUCAAAGAUGAGCAUAGUAUAUCUUUAACAGGCUCAAGCAAACCGAAUAUGCAACAUUUUUAAUUUUGCUGUGUUUCUCUUUAGGGAUUCUGUUUUUUUUCUAUUUCAAAGCGACGCCUUGAUUCCAUACAUUUGUUCCAGUAACGCUUCUGUAUAAUAAAUCUUUUAAAACG